AUGGUUUCUAUUCUUCAUUUCAUCUGUGUAUUCAAUCUAGUUUUUCUGACACAUUCCAUUUUAUCGUUACAGUUUUACGACGGCAAAGAUUGCGAAAACCUUGAACUAGUAGAUGGUUCUAACUACCUUUGCAAGACUAACAAAGGUACAUGUGAAGCAUAUAUAGUCUAUAAAACUCAAGUUAAGUAUCAAUCAGUUUCAGCCAUUUCAUCUCUUUUCAAUUUGGAAAACCAAACUCAACUUCUUUCUCUUAACAAUCUUAAUGAAUCAACUUCUGCCAAUCUUCACAUUCCUCGAGAUAUCAUUGUCCCAGUAAAUUGUUCUUGUUCUGGAGGGUUGUCUCAAGAUAAUUUCACUUACACUUCUUCUAGCUCUGACAAUUUUGCUACGGUUGCCUGCAAUGUUUUCAAAGGAUUGCUGAAGCUGCCUGUUCUUAUAAAGCAGAACCCAGGUUUUAAUGUUAUAUCUAAUGGUGUUGAAGUCACGGUACCUGUAAGAUGUGCAUGCCCUGAUGAAAUUGACAAAAAACAUGGUGUCAAGUAUCUUGUUACGUAUCCGAUAGUCCAAUAUGAUAACACAUCAUUCAUAGCUAAGAAAUUUGGUGUUCCUGAAGAGAAAAUCUUAGCUGCUAAUAACCUAGACCUAUUGACAACAAUCUAUCCUAAGACUGCACUGCUCAUUCCCAUCAAUGGAUUCCCGGUUUUGAAUUUGGAAAUUAGUCCUUCGCCAGAUACAGAUCCUUUUCCUGCGUCUGCAAUUCCUUUGCAGAAACUUCUUCAUACAAGUAGACUAAACAAUAGGAACUUGUGGAAUCCUCUUAGCUUUUAUCCGUUGUCUUCUAGAAGAUCAGAAUUGUCGAGUUUCUCACGUGAUUUCCUUGAUGGCAUAUCCAAGCUAAAGCUUUUCUUGUACAAUUUCAGUUUGGAUGACUUAAGAAUUGCCACUGGGGGUUUCUGUGAAGAUGCAGUGAUUGGUCGAUCAGUAUAUCGAGGAAGUAUUGGAGAUACACAUGUAGCAAUUGAACAGAUGGAUUCAGAAGAAGAAACACACAGAGUUAUUGAUAUAUUAACAAAAAUCAACCAUUUAAACAUCGUCAGACUAGAAGGUUUCUCUCAUGAGACUACACCAUGUCUUGUGUUCGAGUAUGCGGAUAAUGGAUGCUUAAGGGAUUGUCUGUCAAACACAAAGAUAGCCAAGGAGCUUACAUGGGAAAAGAGAAUGCAGAUCUUAUCAGAUGUUGCAGUAGGCCUUCACUACAUCCACCACUACACAAACCCACCAUAUCUUCAUAGAAAUGUCACUAGCAAGAACGUGUUACUAACGACGGACUGGAGAGCAAAGAUCUCCGGAUUCAAAUUGGCGAAACCUAUUACUAGGAAUGAAGACAUGAAACAAAAUGACAUCUAUCAUGAAUCUCUAAUGAUGGGUAAACUGGGUUACUUAGCACCGGAGUACCUUCAUUUUGGGUUGGUUUCACAGAAGGUAGAUGUCUUUGCGUUUGGAAUUAUUUUGCUUGAACUAAUUUCAGCUAAAGAAGCUCUCGUGGAUGGUUGUCUAUUGAAGGACUCUGUUGAUUUCUUGUCUAACGAUGUUCUUGAAGACACUUCACUCAGGUUGUGUCGAGAAGCUAAAGGAAUUCAUGGAUCCUACUUUGGAAGUAAACUACCCAAUAGGUGA